AUGGCAACCCGCCCUAGAGAGGACGAUGAAGAGUCUCUAACAGAGGGAAUGGUACUCGGUAUACUCGAGUUCAAAGCACCGGUCUACGUCUUGGUGGCGUGGUCUCCCAGCGAGAUGAAUGGUCCAUAUCGUCCGACUUGGGAACCCUUGUUUGAUCUCUUCGGCUCUUUUGAUCCGGAUCCAGUUGUGCAGAAGAUGAUAAAUGAGGCUAUGGAGCGUGCUCAUUUUCACGGCAAGGAUUGGGCUUAUAGACGAUUGAACAAGUCGGAAAAACUCGGCUACAUAAGGAAUCCUCCGCCACUGCCUUGGUGCAUCUACCAAGUUCCAGGGCCCAGCAGUGAAUCGAUCUACCAGCUGUAUCUAAAUGACUGCUUUCUGGCCGAGAGUGUAGUGGCCGAAUGGGGCGUCGCUAGGAGGGAUGUAGAUACUGAGAUAAGGCAGGACAUAUUACAACUGCCAAGUCCUGAGGAGACCGGCCAUACGGGAAAGUUCGGGCAUGAUAUUAACAUAAGGCAGAAGCCGAAACGGGGACAUCUAUUUUUCCGAGGAGAACCUAGGAACACGAAAAGGAAUGUGGUGGGUCAGAUGGUCGAGUGCAACAAGUACAUCAUAGAUUUUUCCCGUCCUAUUGCUAUAAGGAGUCUGAUUCCCCCGACACUACCGGCGGUUCGGUCGGCCUUGCAGGACAUCAUCGACUUCUCAGUAGAAUACGCCUCGGAGAGGGGCCUGGAUCCGGACAGCGCGCUGUCAUUCCGAAUACUAGUGAAAAUGGCGCAGCAACCCUGGCAUGUUGACGAUGAGACAGUACUGCUUUGCGGUCCUGUUCAUUGUGAAGCAGAACUCCACCAGGUUAAGGAAGGAGUCCGUGUUGUUAUGGAGUGGCUCGGCACACGACUCUUGGCCCGCUAUUGGGACUAUAUAACGGUAGAUGCAACUCGUGUCCGCUCCCAUGCCCAGCUUCCACACUUUGAGCGGCAAGGCCUCGGUGGUGCCGUUUGCGUGUCUCCUCAGCAACUAGAGGCGCGCCAGGUCAGAGUACCGUUAGAGUGUCCGCCGUUUCAGCUGUGGGAGCGGUUCCCGAAUACAGCGUUCGGAUGCGAGGAGAAGACGGGUGCGGCGCGGCAAGUAUGGGUGACUUUCGGGUACCGCCUUACUGAUCAUCCUUCGAGAACUGAGACUUCGAGGCUUCAGGAGGAGUUGUCUUGGGCUAAGCCAGGCCUUUGCUUCAUGGCCGAGACCUAA